AUGCGCCACUCGCCCAACAUCCAGUGGGUAUCCAUUCACGCGGGCCCUGGGCCCUUUGAAAGUGGGUGCAAACGAUACGAAGCCGCUUAUGAGAACUGCAGUAGCACCCGGUUGGAGGACAAAGACCACUCUGCUGCCGAGUCCGAGCGAUUGUUCUUUCAGUUGCAUUUCCGAAACCAACCGAUGUUGAGGCUUGAGACCUGCAAGAUGUACAUGGAGAUGAUCUUGAAAAUGAUCUUCGAUCCUUCCGAGCGACCAGGCCCACUAGCAUUCAUCAACGGUCAUCCAACGUUCAAUGACGAUGGCACCCGCACGCGAACUGGAGAAAAAUUGAACAUCUCGUUUGACUAG